UCCUUAUGCCUUAGUCUUGCAUUUAGAAAAGAAAAAAACCCGCUACAUUGCAUCUUCGAAUUUUGAAAACACUCAGUGAAUUGCGUGAAUCGAUAGUUCCAAAUUUGAAAAUACUGGCCAGUGAGAUUACAUGUGCCAUGUAAAAAAAGUAAUCGGACAUACAGAUUUUCUUAGUUGAAAAUACUGGCCAGUAAGAUCGCGUGUGUUUACCUUUACUUGUUUUUACGGGGUGAUUAGGUUCAUGUUCGUAUGCCUUUACUUGGAAAUUAAAAGUAUUGGUUGGAGUUGGUGAAACUUUUGUGAAUUUGGAUUUGGAAUGUGACUGUUAGUGUUUGUGUUUAUGGAUGUGCAUUGGAUGUUUUUAGAUUCAUAUCCGGCUGUCCACAGAAAUGGGCGAAAGAAAUCCUUGGAACAGUUCCAAGAACUACGAGCGAUGGGACAAAAAUAAAUCCAUAUUUUUGGUGCAACGAAGAUAAACCAAUUUUUUGUGAAAUUUUAAUAGAAGUUCUAUGAUGGAAUGUUGUCGGUUGAAAAGUGUUCUUAUUUUGAAAAUAGAAAUUCAUUUCGAAAAUCGAAUUAUCUCUUUUCUAAUGAAAAAUAAUAACGAUAAAAUAUGUCGAUUUUUUAUAAAACAUUUUGUUGUAGUAUGAAGAAAAUAGUGAUGGGAAAAAGUUGAACGCUAAAGUGCCGAUAUAAUUGUACACUUUUUCGUUUUGCGGAAAAAAGUUGAACAUCGAAGAGCGUCAAAAAUAGUUUUUUUUUUUUUUUUUUUUUGCGUUUUAGUGAAUUGUAUUUAAAGAUUCGAUGUGUUCAGUGAGUGUUUCGGAAAAUGGUACGGACUUGAAUGCGUGGCGAUGGCUAAGGACCGGGAUCUGUGUUUUGUGGUAGUAGCGUUACUGGCUGUGGUGCAGAAGAGCUUGGAGGUCGCGGAUGCUGGUAUCAUCCAGGUCUGGUCCGCACCAGGCGGUGUAACCAGACUGCCUUGCAACCUGGCGGCUCCAUCGAGGGACGUGGCCAUGAUGCUUUGGUUCAAGGAUGGGGACAGGAUGCCUAUAUACACGGUGGACUUCAGAAACGGCCCGCCAGAGCACUGGGCCGUCGCCGGGGAGUUCGGAGCACGAACUCACUUCGUCCUCAACGAGUCUGAUACAUCAUCAGCUCAUCUGGCUGUUGAAAAGGUGGCCCAUCGUGAUGAAGGGGUUUACAGGUGUCGGAUCGACUAUGUGGACUCGCCUACUAGGAAUUAUAGGGUCAACCUUACUGUAAUAGUUCCUCCAGAAUCUCCAAGAAUAUACGACUCCGAGGGUCGUGAGAUUCUUGGCACAGUGGCGGGAACGUUCAGGGAAGGACAAGAUCUUUUGCUAUCUUGCCAAGCUUCUGGUGGUAAACCGCCACCAGAUGUCUCCUGGUACAGAGGAGAAGAACGCCUAGCCUUCACGAAGGAAGGUUCAGUCUGUCAAUUGCAUCUGCCAGAACUGACGAGGGAGAUGGCUGGCACGAGGUUCCAGUGUCGAGUGGAGCCACCGUUGCUGAAAGCAGUUUAUAGAGAUGUUACGCUUAAGUUAUUUUUAAAGCCACAAUUCGUCAGGGUGACGGGAAAUGGUAUCAGCAGAGCUGGACAUGACCGAGCGUUUGUCUGUACAACGAGAGGGUCGAAGCCAGCUCCCAAUAUUGACUGGUUUAUUAACUCACAGAAGAUUGAUUCCACGUUAACAGAGGUGGAUGUUGAUGGCGAGGUGACAAGAAGUGUCCUAACCUGGAGGGUAAGAAGAGAAGACAGCGGAAGACAGCUGGUCUGCCGAGUCUCCAACCCUUGGUUCCCGGCGUACACGAUGGAAGACUCAGUGAUCUUGGAUGUUAUGUAUCCACCCGUAGCCCAAAUAUCACUACUAGAGCCAAGAGAAGCCCGUCUUCUCCGUGAGGAUGAGAACGCUGAGCUGCUAUGUUCUGCUGAUGCUUCACCAGCCCCUGACAACUUCACCUUCUAUAAAGAGGACCACAUAAUCCGGGAUGAUCCUAUUGGUGGAAUAGCAGUAGAAGGCAACAAGUUAAUCCUCCGAGGACUUAGGAGGCAUCACUCUGCUCGAUAUCGGUGUCGGGCGAGAAACUCAGAAGGCAGUGCUUUGAGUGAGCCUCUGACACUUAAUGUUCUGUCGAGACCUGAAUGUUCAGCCGGCAGCGUGGUACAGCAACUAGCUGGAGCCCCAGGAGGCGAAGUCAGGGCUCGAUGUUCGGUUACAGCGCCAUCUAUACACGACGCUGGGCCGCUGAGGUUCUACUGGACGUUUAACGGGACUAAGGAUGUUUUACCAAUACCACCAGCAAACGUGACAGUCAUGGGAGCUAGCAGCACGGUGGUUCACGGUCUACCAGCAGACACAGGCGAAGACCUUGGAUGGUUGGCUUGUUGGGCGAGCAACGAUGUAGGGAAUCAGCGGGAGCCGUGUUUAUUCAGGAUACUGCCAGCUGCGCUCCCAGAGCCCCCAGUGAACUGCGAGCUCGACAACUCCCUGCUCCGCUGUGAGCCUGGUCACGACGGCGGGCUACCCCAGCGGUUCCUACUCGAGGUCCUCGAGGUACGGCCCUCGGCGCCCAUCAGCAAUGAGAUCGCCACGAUGAACGAUCAGGGUAUUUCUGGCCGAGGGCUCUCAGAAGCGGUCUACCGAGCCACCAACGAUGCUCCUCAGUUCGUCGUGGACGCCUUGUCCCCUGGACGCUAUACAUUCCUGGUCUACUCUGUGACGUCUAGAGGAAGGUCUCCCAGACCGGCAGCAUUGCAUAGCGUUGCAAUCAACCCGGCUGAUGACUUGGAUAGGCCUGGUUCUCUACAAACUAUGACGCCAGCGCCCCCACCAAUGACAGCUGGUGACAACGGCGUUGCUUUAGUAGUGGGCGCAGCACUGAGUCUGAUCUUGCUGACCAUUCUGACUACGUUGUGCGUUGCGCUGGUUGUAAUGUGUAAGAAGAAGACGAGGCCUCCAAGAGAUCCUGAGCAGAGUACAAUCCUCCGACGAAGCGUCGGAGUAUCCAUGUACGGAGGAUCUUCAGUAUCUCCAAGCGUCGUGCCAACUGUCGUUGUGAGAGGUCAUCGUGGGUCAAGAGUCCUUGCUGCUAGAUGGUCAGGAGUUUUAGAUGAUACACCUUUAGCUGUACUAGCUUUGGAUACUAGAGCUCAUGAUGAUAUAGACAGUCACAGCGAGGAACACCAGGAGACUGAAUUCACGAAGAGUAUGGACGAUAUGGAAACUCAAACUGAUUCGUAGUUUAAAUAAAAUAUUAUACUUAUGUACAUUGAAAUAAGUGCCUUAAAUUGGUUUAACUGUAUAAAUUUUGUGAAUGAUUACUUCUUAAAAAUAUUUAUUUCGAGUCUAGCCUCCUGAGUCGGAUGCAUUUCUUUUGUUUUCGAAUUUGGAACCUUUAGUUACUCAAUAAAAAUUCAAAAUAAAUUUUGGAAUAUGUACAGUCAAAGAGGAUCGAGUAUUAUAGAAAGUUACUCUCAAAGUAAAAUGUGUAAUCACAGAGCAUAGACUGCCAUCUCUC